AUGACAAAUGCACCUGCUAUCUUUAUGGACUACAUGAAUAGGAUAUUCCAACCGUACCUGGAUCAGUUUGUUGUCGUGUUCAUUGAUGACAUACUGAUAUACUCUGAAAGUUGGGAGGUACAUGCAGAUCAUAUGAGAGUGGUGCGGGGAAUUCUCAGAGAGCAUAAACUGUAUGGGAAGCUGUCAGAGUGUGAGUUUUGGUUGGAUGAGGUACAGUUUUUGGGUCAUGUCAUAUCAGCUCAAGGUAUAGCGGUGGAUCCAACAAAGAUUGAAACAGUGGUGAAGUGGGAAAGGCCACAGACUGUGACUGAGGUGAGGAGUUUCUUGGGCUUGGCAGGUUAUUAUAAACGGUUUGUGGAGGGGUUCUCGAAGCUGGUGAGUCCCUUAACUCAACUCACUAGGAAGGACCAGCCUUUCUCUUGGACUGACGAGUGUGAGGUCUACUUUGAGGAUAUGAAGAAGAGAUUGACUACUGCAUCCAUAUUGGCUAUCCCUGACACCGCCAAGACAUUUGAGGUAUACUGUGAUGCUUCAUACCAGGGUCUAGGUUGUGUGUUGAUGAAGGAGAAACGGCCCAUUGCUUAUGCAACUCGUCAGUUGAAAGUGCAUGAGAAAAACUAUCCUACAUAUGAUUUAGAAUUGGCGACGAUGGUUUUUGCCCUCAAAACAUGGAGGCACUACUUCUACAGGGCACAGUUUCAGGACUACGACUUUGAGCUAUUAUACCACCCUGGUAAGGCUAAUGUUGUAGCAGACGCUUUGAGCAGAAAGAAAUCUCAUGUGUCGACCGUGAUGAUUAAGGAGUUGGAGUUAAUCGAGAAGCUGCGAGAUAUGAAUCUGGGAUUGGAUAUGGAGACAGAUCACACACGGUGCAGCAUGUUGAGGAUCACUAAUGAAUUCUUGGAUGAGGUUCGGGUGGAACAGGGCAAGGACCAGGAAUUGCAGCAUAUCAUCAGUGAGUUGGGCACAGAGAAGAGGAAAGACUUCAGGAUGGGUAGAGAUGGCAUCCUACUAUUUAGAGAGAGGGUGUGUAUACCCAGCAGUCGGAAAGCGAAAAUAGAGCAUCAAAGGCCAGGUGGUAUGUUAGAGCCUCUUGAGAUUCCCCAGUGGAAAUGGGACAGCAUUUCCAUGGAUUUUGUUACUCAUCAACCAAGCUACCAUUCCAGCAUCGGGAUGGCACCGUACGAGGCCUUGUAUGGCAGGAGGUGUCGAACGCCUUUGUGUUGGCAGCAGGAUGGGGAAGCUGUGGUACUUGGUCCAGAGUUCUUACAACAGACCACUGAGAAGGUAAGGGUAAUACAGGAACGGAUGCGUGCGACUCAGAGUCGGCAGAAAUCCUACGCAGAUAAGAGGAGGAGGCCACUCGAGUUUGAGGCUGGUGACCACGUAUUUCUCAAAGUUACACCUACAGCAGGUAUUGGGAGAGCAUUGAAGUCGAGGAAGUUGACCCCUCGAUUCAUCGGUCUAUAUCAGAUUACGAGGCGAAUUGGACCGGUGGCGUAUGAGAUUGCAUUACCACCUCACUUGGGAAACCUGCACAAUGUUUUCCACGUAUCACAGUUGAGAAAGUACGUGGCGGAUCCUACUUAUGUGCUGGAGCAGGAUGAUGUUCAGGUGCGUGAGAACCUGACUCUUAGAGUUGGACCGGUGAGGAUUCUAGAUUCUCAAGUCAAACAGCUCAGAGGGAAGGAGAUACGGACCGUGAAGGUUCUCUGGGACGAGGCAACCCAAAAGAUGACUUGGGAGAUUAAAGAUCUCAUGAGGAAGUCCUAUCCUCAUCUCUUUACUGUGUUGAAAAAUAUUGUUGAUUUGGGUAAAGAGAAGCCUAACAGAAUGGGGCAGCCAAGGGGGCUGGGAAUUUACCAAUUAAGUAACAUUGAAGAGGAAUUAAAAGCCCAAACUCUAGGUUUUGGCAGUGCUGGGAAUUGGUCUUUGAGAGGAGCACGGGUUUGGGAGAGUGAAUUGAGUUUUGAGGUGCAAGGGUUGAAGCCAGAAAGGUUUUGGAAUCAAAGGGGGUUCUGUCUUCGCAAUUAUUGA